AUGCUUGCCAGUGAUGCAAUUUUGGAAUUUUUCUUCAUAUCUCAGAUCUGUAUUGGGCUCAUGGGGAACUCGGUCCUCUUCAAGUUAAAAAUGUGCACUUUCAUAACUCGGUCUCACCUGAAAAAGCCCAUUGAUGUCAUAUUCAUACACCUGACUUUGGUCAAUGUCUUGACCAUCAUGUUCAAGUUGAUACCAGAUGUCAUGUCAUCCUUUGGAGUACGACAUUUUCUAGACGACGUUGGUUGUAAAGCAACUUUGUUCACACACAGAGUUACCCGGGGUCUUUCCAUCUGUACCACCGCUCUCCUGAGUGCCUACCAAGCCAUCACCAUCAGUCCUGUUCAUUCUAAGUGGGCGUGGCUUAAAUUGAAACUCUCUACGUGUAUUUACCCCUCUUUCCUUUCCUUCUGGGUCAUCAACAUGCUCAUCUAUAUCCACAUCAUCAAAACAGUAGUAGCCAAUCUCAACUUCACAAUUGUUGGUUCUGGGUAUUCCACACUAUAUUGCCAAACUAACCAGUUGGAACACCACUACUAUUCAAUGGCAUUUUUGAGUGUCAUCUUGAUUCGAGAUCUCCUCUUUGUGAGCCUCAUGGCGUGGUCCAGUCUCUACAUGGUGACCCUUCUCUAUAAACACCGCCGGAGAGCCCCGCAUAUUCACAGCCCCACCCUCUCUCCCCGGCCCUCUCCUGAAAUCCAAGCCACCCACAUUAUUCUUCUCCUAGUCAGCUGCUUUGUCUUCUUUUAUUUCUCAGACAACUUUAUUACCCUUUAUCUGUUUUAUAGACAUGAGAAAAAUUGGAGACUGAAGAGAAUGAAUGGAAUAAUUUCUUCCUGCUAUCCAAUGAUCUGCCCUUUUGUGCUGAUGAAAAAUGAUAAAAUUGUUUCCAAAUGUAUUUCUUCCAUUUCAAAGAUGAGAAUGACCUUGUCUCGAAGAACAGUGAAGAGAUGA